UCCAAACAUUAUUUGAAUCACGCGUUCUUUAGUGAAAACAUGGAUACUUUAUUUCGUCUGCGUGGGCAGUUAGUUCUGCUAGUUCCAUUUGUAAUAAAUCUUUCACAUUGUGAUGUCUCUCAUCAGUUGUGGAUAUACAAACCGGAACUGGAGAAUAUGACUGCAUCAUCAGGAUAUAGAGUCAGGACUCGAUCAUCUGUAGGGUGUGGCCGCACGUGCUCUAUAAAUGACACGUGCAUCUCCUUCUUCGUUAUGCCAACAGAACAGCUAAACUGUCAGUUACACGACACUGUGUUGGAUGCCACAGAUGGGUUAUCGUACGUGCAGAAAUCAUAUUACUAUGUGCUUGGUGGAG